CCGGACCCCGCCCCUGUUUCCCUUCCCCGCCUCUGCAGCGUGACUGAGCCGGGCUGGUCUCUGCCGCCGCUACCUCGCCACCUCCCUCUCUGUCAGGCUCCAUCGCCACCUUAAAUUUGUCCGCUGCUGAGUCCGAGGAGAAGGUUUUUACAAUGGAAUCCCUGGAUAAAACAAUCAAUAGCUAUCUGGAUGUGUGGCUUGGACCAAGAGAUCCCAGAGUAAAAGGGUGGCUUCUCCUGAGUGAUUACACACCUACCUUUAUUUUUUCUGUCUUUUACUUACUAAUCGUAUGGUUGGGACCAAAGUAUAUGCAGAACAGACAGCCGUUCUCAUGCAGGGGUAUUCUAGUGGUCUAUAACCUGGGACUUACGUUGCUCUCCCUUUAUAUGUUUUAUGAGCUGGUGACAGGAGUAUGGGAAGGAGGAUAUAAUUUCUUCUGUCAGGAUACGCACAGUGGAGGUGAAGCUGAUAUGAAGAUCAUACGUGUCCUCUGGUGGUACUACUUCUCAAAGCUCAUUGAAUUCAUGGAUACCUUCUUCUUUAUUUUGCGGAAAAAUAACCACCAGAUCACUGUUCUCCACGUCUACCACCAUGCAACGAUGCUGAACAUCUGGUGGUUUGUUAUGAAUUGGGUGCCUUGUGGCCAUUCCUACUUUGGUGCUACUCUUAACAGCUUCAUUCAUGUUCUCAUGUAUUCCUACUAUGGGUUAUCUGCUGUUCCAUCCAUGCGUCCCUAUCUCUGGUGGAAGAAGUAUAUCACUCAGGGACAGCUGACUCAAUUUGUCCUAACAAUCUUCCAGACGAGCUGCGGGGUUGUGUGGCCCUGUGCAUUCCCUAUGGGAUGGCUGUACUUCCAGAUAGGCUACAUGAUCUCCUUAAUAAUCCUCUUCACCAAUUUCUAUAUUCAGACUUACAACAAAAAGGCAGCUUCCAGAAGGAAAGAGUAUCAGAAUGGCUCCAUGGCUGCUGUGAACGGAUACACAAAUAGCUUUUCUUCCCUCGAGAACAAUGUGAAGCAAAGAAAACAAAGGAAGGAUUGAAGACCAAACUGAGAAGCCAUUUUGAUAUUCCAGGCAACAACAAGAGACAAAAAAAAUCAUCUGAUUGUAAGCACAAUACAAGUUGUGCACUGAUAACUCUUGACAGCUACUGUAACUAUUCCUGCCUAGAAUAGUGGCGAUUUAUGUAGGACUUAACCAGUGCAAAACAUCCUAGAAACUAUUGAGUAGGCUAAAGUUGUGGACAACAAGUUUUGGGUGGUCAUAGACCCGAGUAUAAACUGUGGAAGGGAGUAUUAUUGUAGUGUGAGUGAGUGUGUGUGUAUAUAUAUGUAUGUGUGUAUAUAUACAUAUAUAUACAUACAUAUACAUACAUACAUACAUACAUAUAUAUUGACACUGCUGUUGCCUUACUAGUCAAUGAUAGGUGCUGAAUUAUGAUUCACAGUUUCAGAACACUGUAAUCCAAACUCAUAUUUUUAAACUGUAGAUAGUGCAUGUGAUUGUAAUUUGUACAAUGAAGUUGUUUAGUUUGUUUAUUUUAUUUUAUUUUCUGUAGUUUGAAGCACACAUGCCUUAAAUGAAAUAAAAGCAGAACCCAAAACUUAAUACAGUUUGGAAGGUCAUGGAAAUGUUUCACUCUGGGAGUGACUUCUCACAUGACAGUUUAUACUCGGAUGCAGAUACCCAAGUACAAAAUAGAUAUGUAUUGUGUCAGUUACAAAGGGUCCUUGUGUGGGAAAACCUAGAUGGCCUUUCCAUUCAAAAUGCUUGUUAGAAGCACCCAAAAAGACUGGUAACCAGAGUGCAAACAUUUCUGCACGUGUCCUUUUGUGGGUGCCACAGUAUGCAUUUAUCCUGUACGUGGAGAUCAUGAGGCCAAAAUACGUCCUAAGAAGCCACCCCAGGUUGCUUGACUCCUUUCUAGAGUCUGUAAGCCAUUGCUUGAGUUACUGUACUGUGUACUACACAUUGUUUGCUACAUGUGAUGGUGGAAUUGGAAAUGGCAGGUUAAGUCAAGGAGAAAUACUCCUCCAUGCAUCCUGUACAGAAUGAAAGGGACACGGCCAGAGCACAGCCCUUUAUUCUUAUCAAGACUUGUGCAAAAGGCCUUGUUGGUCCACGGUUUGUGUCACUCGUAGCUCUCACAAGCCCGAAGAAGUUUAAAAAAAAAAUACUAGGCUUUGUUUUGCAUAAAUAAUUGGCACUUAAGCAGUAUCUAAAAAAAUAAUGCUGACUUGCUAAGUAUUAGAAAGUAUAAGGAGUGGGCAGAACAUCUUACAGUUCCUACCCCUUUUAAGAUCGGGGCUUAGUGUGGAGAUCUUACUCAGCACCUUGAAAACGGCCGAGAAAGGAGGUGGGUUUGGGGAUAGGAGCUGUGGCCUCUGCCCCCCCCCCCUCCUUCCCUGGGUUCUUUUAAUGAAGGAGCUUGUUGAGAGACGCCCCAGCUGGUUCAUCAUCUACUUCAUGGGUAGCUUUACAGAACAAGAGUGAAGAUCCAGGCCACAGCUGGGCAACCCGACUUCCACUGUGCGUGACUUCAGCCACAGAGGCAGUUUCCAGUACUGGAACUGGAGCCAUGGAGACACGCGCCUGCUUUCAAAAGCAACUAAUUCGUUUUAACCACAACUAAAAAACAACUCCAAGGCAAUAUGGGGCUUUACCUUUCUUACUUUCUUGGUGUCCCGGUUGCUGUUUGUGUAGCAAAUAUUGACUUUGAAAAACGUGCCUAACAGCAAAGGGUUUCAUUUAUUGUUGUUCAGAAAAAGGAAAAAAAAUUGAAAACAUGUUGGUGAUGAGUGUCUGUUUUCUUACUGUAUGUUGUAUGUAUCUCACCUGUACUUCCUUGGCUUGUUCAAAGUUUGUUUAGAAGUGCUUGUUGAAAAUUACUGUUUGUUGUGAAAUCCCAACCCCCACCCCGUAUUUGCAGUGUCAGUUGUAAAAGCAGACAUCUGUAACAGAUAUGCUGUGUUAUGUGGUGGAGUUUAGCCUAUUAACAUGUUCAUCAAACUCUGUGGCAAGCUAGUCUAUUAUUGCUCAUAAGCCCCAGUUUAUAUGUUAUGAUUUGAUAUUUAUACAAUAUCAGUUCUACCAUAAUUUUUGCACAGCUAAUGUUAGGGAACUAAUAAGUUCUCCGAAUUAGUUUCAUGGAUUUUCUUUUGCUUGUUUUUGAAAAGUGAGACAGCACCGGUUUACAUUAUUUUUUUAAAAAAACUUUCAAAACUUGUGUGUACGUGUCUUGGUUUCUAGGUACUGAUUUGCAAAACGCCUUUACAUAUUUCAUACAGCAGCUUCAUUGUUCAAAAUAUGCUGUCUAAAUAAAUGUGCUAAAAAUAAAAAACACCCUAGCUUGUCUGAAA